AUGGAAAUGAAGAUUUCUCGCCAGUAUUUUCCGUUAAGCCCACCCGCCGGCAACAAGCCAAAACUCCACUCGUUCCAAACAAUGUUGGCUGCACCUCAUUCCGGGCCACCUGAACAUUGGAAAGACCCGCUGUUAGGGUCACCGCAGCUAUGCUGCCCGCUGCUCAAACUGCACGGCGGUGGACAACCCCAUGAGCACAGCCCCCCCGAAUCAAGCAUCAAAAGUAACGGCAACCCGGAACACCAGAUGCUAGCUGUCCUCGCUACCCUGGGUCACUGGGUCAAAACAAUGGAACCUCAACCAGCCUGUGGCCCCGACUCCGACUCCGUGUCUGUUGUUCUAGUUGUUGUUGCUGCUGCUGCUGCUUGUCACAUCUACUGCUGUUUGUCACUUGCGGUCCAGCUUGGGAGUUCAAGCACAGCUCACCAUGGUGCAUUGCACCCAUCCAACUUCCAUACCGCCGCGCACCUCACAGGAGGCAGACGAAUUCUCUCGUCCCUGAAUGCUCCAUUCGAGGGGCGGGAAACGCAAACCCAUUGCCAACCCCAAAUAGUACAAAGUACUCCGUACAACCCGUCAGAACGAUGUAUCGGAUUGACGGCUGCCUUCUCCAGCUCGCAAAUCUUGAUGGGUCCCGAGAAGCGGGAAACGCAAGGGUCUGGUCCGGUACUGUAUUCGAAAGCAGGGUGCGCCAGCCGGACGGGCGCCAGAACAUCUCCCUCUGCACAGAGUCACUUCACAAAUGGAGACGGCAGCAAGGCAUGGGCUGAAGUGGGCUAUUGGGCAUCCUCAUCUCUCGCCGUUGUCCACAGCCUCACCAGCGCCCUUGAGUCGGGACGCUUUCGUCCAGAUCAACAUACGAGUGACCAGAAACGCAUCUGCACAGCCAAGCUCGCCAGUCACCAUCUCAUGCACGGUACCUUUUUUACACUCGGAAACUGGAACCAAAGUCCCAAAGCUAACCCGCUCAUCAAUCUCCACCCGCCAGCCCGAUCCAUGACUUCCCACUGGGUCGUUUCAUUCUCCGCCAACCUGGGACCAUUCCCAAGCGAACUGUUGGCUGUCUUACAUACUCCAAAUUCCGCUCUUCUGUCACUCAGAGUCUCAAAGGGCCCUCAGCCUCCUCCGCAGGCCCUCAAGGGCUCCCCUUGCGUUUGCCAAAAACGGCAGACGGGGUCCAGUUUGAUUCGAGACCAACACCAACCCUCUCUCAUUAUUCUCCAUCAACUCGUGGUCCGUGAUAUGUGGAGUUUAUUGAAAACGGUCCACUGCGGACCAACUGCCAUGGCCUCUGCUUACUGUUGGGGGCCGAUCAAGCCAGCGCAUCCACAGACCAGGAGAGAAGAAAACGCUGGAGCAGGCAAAAAGCUUUGCUUCAACUUCCGGUCAAGGUCGGCAUUUUCGUCCGGCCUGUCACUAGAGACCACGGGACAGGCAGGGCCAAGCAAAGCCCACCAGUCUGGUCUGGGUCGGCCGAAUGACGUUCGGUACAGAGCACGCGGUACCAGGGUUACACUCGUAACCCGCAGCUUCGCACGAGCGACCGUUCGCAUUUCACCUAAUCGGGGUUCAGGGACAGUCGGACUUGCGUUGAUUGAAGCUUGGCGUGUUGCUCUGACGGUGCUGGAUUGCGCGGUUGCGCAUAUCACCAACGAAUCCGGAAAGUCGCAUGACGGAUGCGCGUCUGCUCGCAGGAACACAUUCAAACGAACCUUGGUCAACCAAUUGCUCACCACCACUAUCACUCGCACUCGCACAACCCUCCCGCCAAUCCAAGCUGUAUACCGACAGACGAAAGAAGCAAGAAACUCAAAGCAAGCAAGCUUUUUGACUCAAAAUCGGUUCCCGGCUCACCGUCCACACUAUGACUUACCCCGAACGCAGGAGAGAGGCGGCGUCACAUCGUCCUGUGACUCGUUAGGAACCCCCCUCAUUCCAACGGGUAUCGGUUCAUCCGCAAAGCCUAUGCCGCCAUCCCAUUGGCUCAAGAAGCCCGUCGUGUAUCGACGACACGUAGGCGGUCACGAAUCAGCGAUCCCGACCCCAACUGUCUGCCCGUCGGUCAGCCCUAUGGGUGUCCCUCCGUCACCAAUCAGCUUUGCGGAAAUAGAGCAGCCUAUCACCAAACUCCGCUUCGCCGAUUAA